CUACCACCAGCUAGUCGGAGCCAGAACAACAACGCCCAGCUUUGCGUUGGAGCAAGAAAGAAUGCGAAAACGAUGCUGGAUCCAGUAAUCUUUCCUCGAUGUCUUAGAUUGUGUAUUUGGAGAAACCCCUUAAAGAACACUGUUAGCUUUUUUGUUCUUUCCUUCUCUGUAUUCCACUUCAAACAUCCCCUCGGUCGUCUUAUUCUCUUACUUGUAUAAACCUCUUUGUAUUUUUACUUCCUUCAGUUUCAAUAUGUUUGAUCACACGCAUUCUCGAAACAAUGACUCGAAUUCCCUCGACGGUAGCAGUGAUGGACAGAAUCUUCAAGAGAAACACCUCGCAAUGGAUGUCGAGGAAAACGCAGCCGUCAACUCAUACUUGCUCAACAACUCUGUUAAGAAUCUCACAUGGAAAGGAAUCACUGUGUAUGUAAAAGACCACAAGACCAAGGAACCAAAGGCCAUUCUCGAUAACAUCGAUGGAAUCGCUAAAGCAGGUAUACAGUUGGAUCUCAUAUGUAUAUCACACAAAAUCUAAUCGAUGUAGGUGAAAUGAUUGCCCUGAUGGGUCCAAGCGGAUGUGGGAAGACUACACUUCUCAAUGUUCUCGCGCGACGAUAUGUGGGUGGAGCGAAGGUGGAGGGUUCAGCUUUGGUCAAUGGCAACCAAUCUUCAACAUCAGUCUUUCGAGAGAUGUCAUGUUACGUGGAGCAAGAAGAUGCUCUUAUUGGAUCCCUGACGGUUAAGGAGACGAUACAUUUUGCCGCGCGACUUGCACAUAAACAGUAGGAAAACCUCCACUUUUUGAAGGUCCUGUCUGAUUGUUGAAACGUUCUAGUUCCUUGACGAAACAGGAGCGAAUCAAAAGAAUCGUUGUAUUGAUUGAGUCUUUUGGCUUGAGCGGCCAAGCUGAUACUAUCGUGGGUACGCCGAUACGAAAAGGCCUCAGUGGUGGACAAAAGAGACGGCUCAGCGUGAUCAGUCAGCUCGUCACUGCACCCAAGAUUUUGUUCCUGGACGAACCAACGAGUGGUCUCGAUUCGGCCGCAAGCUUCGAAGUUAUCUCAUUCAUCAAGGAAGCAACUCAGAGAAAGAAUGUUUGUUCUCGAGCUUGAAAGGGGUUAUUGUAUCACCUUCGCUAACAUGCAGUGCAGCUGAUAGUUAUUGCUUCCAUUCAUCAACCAUCUACCACCACCUUCCAACUCUUUGACAAACUGCUGCUUCUCUCCAAAGGCAGAUCACAUUAUUUUGGACCAGUUCAAGAUAUCGAAUCGCACUUCAAAGCGAACGGUUUCCCCUUGCCCAUGCACAUGAAUCCAGCCGAAUUUCUCCUCGAGCUCAUGAACACCGACUUCUCAACUCACUACGAAGCAGCAGAAUCCCGUCUCCAAACCAUUCAUGAGGGAUGGACCCAAUCCACCCUUCAUUCCGCCAUGUCUUCACAAAUAACCGCCGCAACGCACUCUCCCAAGCCGCUUCCUCUGACCAAGCCAUCCCCAAGAAGUUUCUUCGUCGUCCUUCUAGCGCUCGUCCACCGUUCCUUCGUCAAGAGCUACCGAGACGUUGUCGCCUACGGAAUCCGAAUCGCCAUGUACUUCGGCCUCGCUCUUAUGAUGGGACUCGUCUGGCUCCGAAUGAAAGAUGAUCAGAGCUCCAUCCAACCCCUCAUCAAUGCCAUUUUCUUCGGCGGCGCAUUCAUGAGUUUCAUGGCCGUCGCCUAUGUACCGAGCUUCCUCGAGGACCACGCUACCUUCGUCAAAGAGCGCGCAAAUGGUCUCUAUGGUUCAACCGCCUUCAUGCUUUCCAAUUUCGUCAUCGGACUACCUUAUCUGUGUAAGAUUUCAUUUUCUCCACGUUGAACAAAAAUGUACUAACAUAUCUCCAGUUCUAAUCUCCCUCCUCUUCUCCAUAAUCGCCUACUGGCUCUCCAACAUGCGUCCCACAGCCCUCGCCUUCUUUACCUGGGUCCUAUUCCUCUUCCUCGAUCUCCUCGCCGCCGAAUCCCUCGUCGUCCUCAUCUCCUCCCUCUUCCCCAACUUCGUCAUCGCCCUCGCGCUCACGGCCUUCGCGAAUGGGCUCUGGAUGUGUGUCAAUGGCUUCAUGGUCCCGCCCGAUAUCCUGAACCCCUUCUUCAAAUACGUGUUUCAUUAUAUCGAUUAUCAGGCGUAUGUGUUCCAGGGGAUGAUGGUUAAUCAGUUUCAGGGGAGUACGUAUAAGUGUGGGAGGAGGUGUGAGUGUAUGUUUGUUACGGCGUUGAUGGGGGAGUGUAGGGUUGAGGGGAUGGGGGUGUUGGAGCAGUAUGGGUUUGAGACGGGGAGGAUGGGGGAGUGGGUUGGAAUUUUGGUGGGGAUUGUGGUUGGGUAUAGGGUUUUGGGGUUGGUUGUUUUGGGGUUGAAGAAGUGA